AUGAGGGUAACAGUCACGCCGGAGAAGCUGAAGAAAAGAUCGGGCCCAGGGCGAUGUUUCAAUUGCCAAAAAGUGGGGCACAUGGCUAGGGACUGCGACAUGCCUAUGAGGUGCGUCAGGUGCGGUGAAAAGCACAAGUACGAGGAAUGCCCGGUACCGCAGGGGGAGGGCAAGGAGAAGUGCUGCAAUUGUGCAGGCGCGCAUCCUGCCAGCUACCUGGGGUGCCCGGAAUUCCGCAAAGCUAGGGACCGCCUAAGGGGAAAGCACCCACAGACAGCAGGGGCAAAGCAUCGCACCGCACCUCCACCACCACCACCAAGCCGAUAUCCAAGAUCCACAGCGACAAGGCCGGUGCGGCUCUCGCCGUCCGUGAGUGUGCGGGAGCGCGUGUGGCCCUCGAUGUACGGCCCGAAAGAACGUGACGAGGUGAAUAUGCUGUGGACGCGGCUGCUAGCCAGGGGCAACGGGGCCUUUCCUCAUACUGGUGCGGUGAGGCUGGCAGACGGAAUUUAUUCUCUGUCCCCGGGCCGUUGUCGGCAGUUAGAGAAGUUGCUCGAAGGCCGAAAUUCACAGGUCGCCUCUUCGCCGCCACAGGGUCGCUUUUUUCGCAACCCACCUAACUACCGACACGUGGCUUUUCCAAGGACUGUCUGA